AGGGGGUAGGAGCUGGGCAGGAAGAGGGGGGAGUCCAGGAAGGAGGUGGGGAGAACUGGCAGAGCUCCCUGCCACCCCCAUUUUCCAGAUGACGCGACUGAGGCCCAACCAGCUUUGUAGGAGGCGGAGUCUCCCCAGGGUCCCUCUCAGGCUGUCCUAGGGGAGGGGGCUCCGGGAGCCACGAGGCCCCUCCCUGCCUCUCUCUCCAGCUCCCGGCAAGCUCGGAGGGGCGGGGAGAGAGAAGCAGAGAAGGAGGAGAACUCGGGCAGCUCUGCAGAGGGGGGCAGGAGCUCCGGUGUUUGGUACCCCCAGCCCCACCGCUGUGGCCACCGCUGCAGCGGGGACACAGGUGAGGACGGUCCUUGGGGGAGGGGGAGGGGGCCACCAACAGCGCUGUCCUUGUCCCUUCCCUGGUCCAGCCCCCACGCUCUAGCCCAUCCUGGGAUAGUCCCCAGGGCUUCUCCUGGCCCUUGUCCUUCCAGGGCCCCGGCCCCCUCCCCCUGCCUGUGCCGCCUUCUCUCCCGGGCCGACUGUGGCUGCUUCCCCUCUUCUGCCGCCGCCGCUUCUACCGCCGGCCCCUCGGGGUGUGGCUUCCCCAGACCAGCCCCUAACGGUGGGACGCAGCUUCUCCCCGUCCUCCCCCAUCCGCCCCCCGCAAGGCCCGCCAGCCCCCCUCCCUGGAGACACACCCAACUCCUUUUAACACCCCACCCGCUCUCCAACCCAUUUUGCGGGGGGAGGGGGGACCCCUCCUCUUGUCUUAGUUUUUAUCCAUCCUCUGGGUGCUCUGGGGUUGUGCCCAACUUCCAGUUGAGCCCCAGGGGGCUUCCUCAGGCCCUUUCCUCCCACCUGGAACUCUUGGGAGGGUGGACCAGACUUUCUCAGCAACCCCCCCCCAUACCCCUCGCCCCCAGACACCUCUCGGUCUCUGAAAAAUAACCUAGCCCCAUAUCUUACCCCUUUAGAUGCCCCACUCCCUUCUCCAGCCCCUCUAGGGGGCCCCACCUCGCCUUCCUUCCCCAGAACUCCUGUAGAGUGUAGAUAACCCCCCCCACCCCCCCCACCCCCGCGCCAGGCUAUUCUUGGCAGCUCCAGGCACUCCCAAAACACCUCGCAGCCACUUUACAACCUCCUGGUUCUAUAGCCACCUCUUCGUGCACGAACCCCUUUCCUGGAUCCAGGAGGGAGCUCCAGUCCCCUAAUCUUUUCCCCAGAAGUCUUGAGGGUGUGGAUGAGCCGCCUCACUUUUCUCGGCCCCUCUAGAACGCCCCCUCUAGACACCCUCGGCCUCUUUGAAACACCUCUGGUCCCAUUUCCACCCCUCUGGACGCCCCGGUCCCUUCUCCAAGCCCACUAAGGGGUCCCAGCCCCAUCUUCCCUGAGAACUCUUGAGAGUGUGGACAACUCCCCAGUGUUUCUUGCCCCCCUAGACACCCCAGACAUCUCGCAGGCACAUGCUGACCCCUCUAGAGCCAUCUCUGUCUCUCUAAACACUCCCUCAGAUCCUUCUCGGCCCCUCCAGGCGCCCCUUUGCUGUUCCUCUCCAUGUGCCCUAGCCCCUCCUCCGUAGGUCCCUCAAGACAACCCCCAAGUCCCCCCCAGACCCUCUAAAUGCCCCCCAAGCCCCUGCCCGUCUCUCUAGUUCCUCCUGGUUCCUCUUGGCCUCUGUAGACACCCCCAGUUUGCUUGUGCGAGUGGCCCAGGGCCUCUCCAAGCCCCCACCAUCCUGGAGACAGCCACACUCUCCUAAAGGCCCCCCCCCCAAGUCUCCGUGGGCCUGGGGCGCGCGGCAGGAUGGCGGCAGGCGUGGCCACGUGGCUGCCUUUUGCGCGGGCGGCCGCGGUGGGCUGGCUGCCCCUGGCCCAGCAGCCGCUGCCCCCCGCGCCGGGGGUGAAGGCGUCCCGAGGGGACGAGGUUCUGGUGGUGAAUGUGAGCGGCCGGCGCUUCGAGACCUGGAAGAACACGCUGGACCGUUACCCAGACACCCUGCUAGGCAGCUCCGAGAAGGAAUUCUUCUAUGACGCGGACUCGGGCGAGUACUUCUUCGAUCGCGACCCGGACAUGUUCCGGCACGUGCUGAACUUCUACCGCACGGGCCGCCUGCACUGCCCGCGGCAGGAGUGCAUCCAGGCCUUCGACGAAGAGCUGGCUUUCUACGGCCUGGUGCCCGAGCUCGUGGGCGACUGCUGCCUCGAAGAGUACCGGGACCGCAAGAAGGAGAACGCCGAGCGCCUGGCGGAGGACGAGGAGGCCGAGCAGGCCGGCGAUGGCCCAGCCCUGCCGGCCGGCAGCUCCUUGCGGCAGCGGCUCUGGCGGGCCUUCGAGAACCCGCACACGAGCACCGCGGCCCUCGUUUUCUACUACGUAACGGGCUUUUUCAUCGCCGUCUCAGUCAUCGCCAACGUGGUGGAGACCAUCCCGUGCCGCGGCCCCGCGCGGCGGCCCCCGAGGGAGCAGCCCUGCGGCGACCGCUUCCCGCUGGCCUUUUUCUGCAUGGACACGGCCUGUGUGCUCAUAUUCACGGGCGAGUACCUCCUGCGGCUGUUCGCCGCCCCCAGCCGGUGCCGCUUCCUGCGGAGUGUAAUGAGCCUUAUCGACGUCGUGGCCAUCCUGCCCUACUACAUCGGGCUUUUCGUGCCCAAGAACGAGGAUGUCUCGGGCGCCUUCGUCACCCUGCGUGUGUUCCGGGUGUUCCGCAUCUUCAAGUUCUCCCGGCACUCACAGGGCUUGCGGAUUCUGGGCUACACCCUCAAGAGCUGUGCCUCUGAGCUCGGCUUUCUCCUCUUUUCCCUCACCAUGGCCAUCAUCAUCUUCGCCACUGUCAUGUUUUAUGCCGAGAAGGGCACAAACAAGACCAACUUUACUAGCAUCCCUGCGGCCUUCUGGUAUACCAUUGUCACCAUGACCACACUUGGCUAUGGAGACAUGGUGCCCAGCACCAUCGCUGGCAAGAUUUUCGGAUCCAUCUGCUCCCUCAGCGGUGUCCUGGUCAUCGCGCUGCCUGUGCCGGUCAUCGUGUCCAACUUUAGCCGCAUCUACCACCAGAACCAGCGUGCUGACAAGCGCCGAGCACAACAGAAGGUGCGCUUGGCAAGGAUCCGGUUGGCAAAGAGUGGUACCACCAAUGCCUUCCUGCAGUACAAGCAGAACGGGGGCCUUGAGGACAGCGGCAGCGGGGAGGAACAGGCGCUGUGUGUCCGGAACCGGUCUGCUUUCGAGCAACAACAUCACCACCUCCUGCACUGUCUAGAGAAGACAACGUGCCAUGAGUUCACGGAUGAGCUGACUUUCAGUGAGGCUCUGGGCGCUGUCUCACUGGGGGGCCGCACGAGCCGCAGCACCUCUGUGUCCUCCCAGGCAGUGGGGCCCGGCGGCCUGCUGUCCUCCUGUUGCCCCCGCAGGGCCAAGCGCCGUGCCUUUCGCCUCGCCAACUCUAUGGCUUCAGUCAGUCGCGGCAGCAUGCAGGAGCUGGACACACUGGCAGGGCUGCGCAGGAGCCCUGCCCCUCAGAGCCGCUCAAGCCUCAAUGCCAAGCCCCAUGACAGCCUCGACCUGAACUGCGACAGCCGGGACUUUGUGGCUGCCAUCAUCAGUAUCCCUACCCCUCCUGCCAACACGCCGGACGAGAGCCAACCUUCCUCCCCUGGUGGUGGUGGUGGGGCCAGCAGCACCCUCAGGAACUCCAGCCUGGGCACCCCUUGCCUCCUCCCGGAGACUGUCAAGAUCUCUUCCCUGUGAGCGGUGGGUCCGCCCGUCCAGAGGGCCCUCUCGAUUCUUGGGGACUCCUUUCCAAAGCCAUAUUUUGGGGAGGCUGGGAGGGGUAGGCCUGGGGACCCCUUCUGCCCCCCACUGAGAACUAUGCAAUGGAGUUUGAUGGAACGGCUCACCUGGUGGGGAAGCAGCCAGGGAAGGGGAAACUUUCCCCACCCCCGACAGUUUUUCCAGGGGGCACUGAAGUGCUGGGCUUCCUCAGGCCCCCUCCCCGCCCCCUCCACCACCACCCCCGGCCUCCUUGCCCCAGCACGCUGGGGCUGGCCUCUCUCCCCUAGCUGGCCUCCUGCAUGCUCCUCCUCUUGGGCCCCUGGGGCCCCCACCUGACAUCUGAGCUCUGGCCUGAGAAGGAGAGAUGAGAUUCCCUCUUCUCUCUGGCUGGGCUGUGGAGGUUUGGGGGUUCAGAGAUGAGAACCUUCGCCUCUGAUCUGGCCUCUAAGAGAUGUCCCCGCCCUCCACCGAGCCCCACAACUCCCCAAUUCUGAAGCUUGGAAUGCAACCACAGGCUUCAUGGGCCGUGGCCUCAGUAGUGACUUGCCAGCCCCCGGCCUUGGCUCAGGGGUCAGGCUGCCUCUCCCGAUCCACACAGAUAGCACAAACACCACUCCCCUUUCCUGGCUGCUGGAAACGGGUCCCUGCAACCCCGUCCUCCGCUGGGCCCCCAGCAAACUCUAGCAAUAGCAGCUGCUGCCAUGACAAUUAUGCAAAGCCUCUCUGCCCCAGUCUGCUGCAGCAUUUACAUCUGCCCUAAUCAGAGGGGCCGCCUCUACCUACUCCUCUCUUCUCCUCUGGUUUGCUUCCUUCCUGGGUUCGGCUGGGGUCUGGACUGGCUGAGAUAAGAGCCUAGCAGCCAGCGAGAGCUGGGCUGUGUUUGGAGAUCAUAGCUGAUUCCAAGUUCUUGGGCAGGAGUCCAGAAGCAUCAGGGGCUGAGGCCUGGGUUGUUCCUGAACUCUGGGAGUUGUUGGGGGCAGGAGGAACUUCUUGAUCUCCUCUUCCUCCCUCCCCCCACCCCACAAAGCCUUUUCACAUAUUCCUCUCUCUUUUCCCUCUUGGGUCACCUUCCAGAACUCUGUGUCUGCUCUCAGGCUGAAAUCUGGCAUCAUCUCAGGUUCCCUGUCCCCAGCACUGUCCCCGUGGAGCUGGUGGCUGACAAAGAUGUAGUUUCCAUCAGUCAAUAAAACCUGAGAGGAGAGAUGAGGAUGAGCACCUCCUGGCUCUGUGGGUUUGGAGGCUGGGUUGGGCUGGUGGUUGAAAGUACUCUGGUUUCAAUUCCUUUCAACCAGGAGAAGGGCAGGUGUGGGUACAGGUAUUGGGAGGUCAAUGGUUGGUGGCAUGUUCUGGAAGAUGGGGAUCUAGGAGGAAUUAAAGAGGGUGGUUUGAAGAGCUGAGACCCACAGCAGCACACGCUUGGUUAGAGGAGACUUAAACCCGGGCUUCCUGGCAGCAAAUGACUCUGAACUGAACCCUAAUUACAAGCAUCUCUCAGGGGCGCCUGGCUGGCUCAGUCAGUAGAGCAUGUGGCUCUUGAUCUCGGGAUUGUGAGUUCAAGCCACACACUGGGCCUAGAGCUAGCUUUUAAAAAAAGAACGAACGCAAGAUUUAAAAGGAAGAAGAAAGAAAGCAUCUCUCAAAUUUGGCAAAUUCCCCUUCCUUGUGGACAUCGCCUGCAUUCUCUCUGCUGGGCUACUGGGUACGCUAGGCUAGUGUGUGACUGAGCCCUGUGGAGCACCGAGAAGACAGACCUUGGAUUUGAGUUGACCUGGGUUCCAAUCCCCAGGUGAGAGAGUCACUUAAACCUUCUCUUGCCUCAGGUUGCUGAUUUGUAAAAUAAUAAUCAUUUAUUCACCAAAUAUUUAUUAACCGCGUAUCAUGUGCUAGCCCUAGGGAUACAAAGAUGGGCAAAGAAGACAUUGUCUCUGAUCUACAGAGGUGAGCACGGAGGGCAGACAAUUAAGCAAUUACAGUGUAGUGUUGUAGAACUAAAAUCGAUGGGAUUGCAGAAGCAUGCAGAUGACAGGAGGACCUAACCCGGCCAACACCCAAAGAAUGAGGCGGAGGUAGCCAGGCAAAAGGAUAAAAAUGUUUCAGGCAGAUGGAACAGCAUGUGCAAUGACCUAGAGGUUAGGAGGCAAGCUCAGAGCCUUUGGGGAACUGAAAUUAGUUCAGUUCAGCUAGGGAGGAGAGUGUGAGGCUGUGAUGAGAGUAAGGAUGUGGAGAUAGGCCGGAUCACAAAAACCCUUUGAAGCUAUGAUACAGAUUUUGGACUUUAUCCUAAGGAUAACGGGGACCUCUGAAGGCUUGUAAAUGGGAAAGUCAUCACGAAGUUUGCAUUUCAGAAGGAUUGCUCUGGCUAUAGACAGUGGAUUCUAGAGAAACAGUCCUGGCGGGAGGAAGGGUGGUGAGGAGGCUUUUGCAGUAGUCCAUUUGGUGGGUGAUGCUGGCUUGGAAGUGUAGUGGUGGUAAGAGUUGGAGAAUCAAGAGAUUUGAGAGGUAGAAUUGGCAGGACUUGGGAUUGAAAGGCAUGUGGGAGUUGAGGAAGAGGGAGCAGACGAGGUUGACUCCCAGGUUCUGGCUUGGGCAAAGCCUGAGUGGGGGGCGGCACUCACUGUCAAAAGGAACAUCAAACCCAUUAGCACACAGUGCCAGGCACAUGGAAAGUACUUGGUGAAGAUUAGCUACAACGAUUACCCUAGAUUCAAUUUUAGACACGUAGUGCUGGACAAAUAAAUAUCUAGUAGGAAAUAUAGGUCAAGUGAGAGGAUCAUGAGAAGAUUCAAUAUGAUAACAUGCAUAGGCAUUUGGCAUAGUGCCCUGAACACAAUAGGCCCAGGAAAUGUGAGUCCUCUCCCACUGAGUCUUCAGAGCAGAAAACACAACAUGCCAUUUGUAACUGACACCCUUCGGGGAAGAACUUCAACCAAGGUCAGCAUCUGAAGGAAGAAGGUUAGAUGGCACUCAGAAGAGCUUUCUUUCUUUCUUUUUUUUUUUAAAGAUUUUAUUUAUUUAUUUGACAGAGAGAGACAGCGAGAGAGGGAACACAAGCAGGGGGAGUGGGAGAGGGAGAAGCAGGCUCCCCGCAGAGCAGGGAGCCCGAUGCGGGACUCGAUCCCAGGACCCUGGGAUCAUGACCUGAGCUGAAGGCAGUCGCUUAACCAACUGAGCCACCCAGGCGCCCUCAGAAGAGCUUUCUGAUCAUCUUUCGGUCAGCAUGUAUGGUUUGACUCCCAAGACUGGCAGCAAGCCCUCACCUCUCGAAACAACUUCUUGGUUCAUAAGCCCAUCUGAACCCCAUAACUACUCCCUGAGGUAGUCUGGGCAGGCAUUAUCAUUCCCGUUUUGCAUGGGUAACCUCAAAUUUGAGACACAAUGACUCGCUCGAGGUCAUACAGUUGGUAACGGUCCAUCAGGUCCUGGAACUGAGGUCUUCCUGACUCCAAAGCCUGGGAUCCUUUUCCUUGCACUGCCAUUCAGACUAAUUUAUUGAGUACCUACUAUGUGUCAGACACAGCACUAGGCCCUUUACAAGCAUUAACCUCUGAUCCUUAAAUCAUAAUUAUCAUUGCCAUGUUACAGAGAAGUAGAAAUUGCAGAUAGGGGCGCCUGGCUGACUUAGUCCUAAGAGCAUGCGACUCUUGAUCUUGGGGGUUGUGAGUUCAAGCUCC